AUUUCCCAGACUCUGCCGUUCGGGCUGCGGUCAUCGUCUGUCAGUGUCUGGCUGCGGAGGAGUGGAUGAGGGCUCCCCGCUGACGUCCAGCUGCAUAUUUUUCUCGAGUUUCUUUAUUUCUUCCUUAUCGAAGUGGGUUUUAUUCUCCGGAAACCAAGUGGACGUAUUUGCUGUAUUGACAAGGGUAGGCAUUAAACUCUCGGCUGUUGUAUUUGCUUCACCCGUUCUCCUGUCCGGCUCUGUGAAGAACACCACCGGGAACGGUUGUUGAAUGCCGGGGACGGUUCUGUGCCGCAGCUAGCGAGUCCGCCGCGUCCCCCGGGCAAGCAUCUGGGAUGUGUCGGCCAUCGGCUGCUGGGAACGAGCUCUCUCACCCACCUUAGUGCUGGUCAGGAAGCUGUGUUGGCUGUGGUUUGAGAAAGGAACAUGGCUUCCCAAGCUGAUCUGAUGGAACUGGACAUGGCCAUGGAGCCUGACCGUAAAGCAGCAGUCAGCCACUGGCAGCAACAGUCCUACCUAGACUCAGGCAUCCAUUCAGGAGCCACCACAACGGCCCCUUCCCUCAGUGGGAAGGGCAAUCCAGAGGAAGAUGAUGUGGACAACAACCAGGUCAUGUACGAGUGGGAGCAGGGCUUCAACCAGAACUUCUCCCAGGACCAAGUACAAGACAUAGAUGGUCAGUAUGCCAUGACGCGGGCUCAGAGGGUUCGGGCAGCCAUGUUUCCAGAGACUCUUGAGGAGGGCAUGCAGAUCCCCUCCACACAGUACGACACUGCAAACCCCACUAACGUCCAGAGGCUGGCCGAGCCGUCGCAGAUGCUCAAACACGCCGUGGUAAAUCUGAUCAACUAUCAAGACGACGCGGAGCUCGCUACCAGAGCAAUACCGGAACUCACCAAACUACUCAACGAUGUGGACGAGGUUGUUGUAAACAAAGCAGCAGUGAUGGUCCACCAGCUGUCAAAGAAAGAAGCCUCCCGCCACGCCAUCAUGCGCUCCCCUCAGAUGGUGUCUGCCAUCGUCAGGACCAUGCAGAACACGAGUGACAUCGAGACGGCUCGCUGCACCGCCGGAACGCUGCACAACCUCUCCCACCACAGAGAGGGGCUGCUGGCCAUCUUCAAGUCCGGAGGGAUCCCAGCUCUAGUGAAAAUGCUCGGCUCACCGAUAGAUUCAGUUCUGUUCUACGCCAUCACCACCCUCCACAACCUCCUCCUGCACCAGGAAGGAGCCAAGAUGGCUGUUCGCUUAGCUGGCGGGCUACAGAAAAUGGUGGCUCUUCUCAGCAAAACUAAUGUAAAGUUCCUGGCCAUCACCACCGACUGUCUCCAGAUACUGGCCUAUGGAAACCAGGAGAGCAAGCUCAUCAUCCUGGCGAGCGGCGGUCCUCAAGCACUGGUCAACAUAAUGAGGACCUUCACCUACGAGAAGCUUCUGUGGACCACAAGCCGUGUUCUCAAAGUUCUGUCGGUGUGUUCCAGUAACAAACCCGCCAUAGUAGAAGCCGGAGGUAUGCAGGCUCUGGGACUACACCUGACCGAUCCCAGUCAGAGACUGGUCCAGAACUGUCUGUGGACCCUCAGAAACUUAUCAGACGCUGCCACCAAACAGGAGGGAAUGGAGGGUCUUCUAGGAACUCUGGUCCAGCUGCUCGGCAGCGAUGACAUCAACGUGGUGACCUGUGCUGCUGGCAUCCUGUCCAAUCUGACCUGCAACAACUUCAAAAACAAGAUGAUGGUUUGUCAGGUUGGAGGUAUCGAGGCGUUGGUCCGCACAGUGCUGCGGGCGGGAGACAGAGAAGACAUCACAGAGCCAGCUGUAUGUGCUCUGCGUCACCUCACAUCUCGACACCAGGAUGCAGAGAUGGCACAAAACGCUGUCCGGCUGCACUACGGCCUGCCGGUGGUCGUUAAGCUGCUGCACCCACCCUCACACUGGCCUCUCAUCAAGGCUACAGUUGGUCUAAUCCGAAACCUGGCUCUGUGCCCCGCCAACCACGCCCCGCUGAGGGAGCACGGCGCCAUCCCCAGACUGGUUCAGCUGCUGGUCCGAGCUCACCAAGACACGCAGAGACGCACCAGCAUGGGGGGCACGCAGCAGCAGUUUGUGGAGGGCGUUCGUAUGGAGGAGAUCGUGGAGGGCUGCACUGGAGCGCUGCACAUCCUGGCCAGAGACCUCCACAACAGGGUGGUCAUCAGAGGACUCAACACCAUCCCACUCUUUGUUCAGCUGCUGUAUUCGCCAAUCGAGAACAUCCAGCGUGUGGCAGCAGGCGUCCUGUGUGAGCUGGCCCAGGAUAAAGAGGUUGCUGAUGCCAUCGAGGCUGAAGGAGCCAGCGCCCCUCUCACAGAGCUGCUGCACAGCCGCAACGAAGGAGUUGCUACGUACGCCGCUGCAGUUCUGUUCCGCAUGUCUGAAGACAAACCCCAGGACUACAAGAAACGUCUCUCUGUAGAACUCACCAGCUCACUGUUCAGGACAGAAAUGGCCUGGAACGAGACAGGAGACCUGGGCUUGGACAUCGGAGCACAGGGAGAGCCUCUGGGCUUCAGACCAGACGACCCAAGCUACCGUCCCUUCCAUGCGGGGGGCUACGGAGGGGACUCCAUGGGUAUGGAACCCAUGAUGGACCAUGAUUUGGGUGGAGGUCACCACCCAGCACAAGACUACCCCCCUGUAGAAGGGCUGCCUGACCUGGGACAUUCCCAGGAACUGAUAGAGGGCCUGCCAACUGGUGACUCAAACCAACUGGCCUGGUUUGAUACUGACCUGUAAAUACCAAGAGCAACAUUACACUACACUUUCUACUAGCUGUAUCAUGUGAUCUGGAUGAACCUGCAUCGUGAUUUUGCCCAUAUGGAGGAGGUGGGGUUUCAGAAAGUGCCUGAAGAUGACUCAACAACAGCAGCAAGAGUUUCCUGUCUACAGGAGCUCCAUUGGGACAAAGUAGAUUAAGUGCGGUUCGGUUCUGGUCUCCCAGCUCCACCUGGGCCUGAACAUAAACCUAAACAUGAAACACGGAUUUUGAUCUCAGCAACCCUUUUUACCUUGUUUUCGUUACUACUUUGGUUGUUUUUACUUUUUUUAUUGUUUUCUUUGAGGCUGUAAUGGUACAAACGGAAGCUAGCUUGCUUUUUCCUCAUUUUCCUGCAUUAUGAUACUCGGUUCUUGUGUUUUAUGUCUGCAGUAGUUUGAUUUCUUUUCUAGUGGUGAUUCUCAGUCCAGAUAAAGAACUGGAUGAGACUUUAAUGCUGUUCAAACACUAAAGGUAAUCAGCUGAUCAAGUGUAACAUUGUGUAGCUUUUGUAUAAAACAUGAAUUGGAAAUCAUGGUCCAAAUAUUGAGCUAUUUUCUUGCUUUAAAGGACGAGACUGACGUCUCUGCUGUUCCAAAGGGGGUUCAGCUGACCGAGAGGACGCGUGCUUCUAUUGGUCUGCUGUUACUAAGGGGUGGGGUAGUGAGAGGCGCUGGUUGCUGUAGCCUGCUGUGUUCUGAAACAAUAAAACGGACUGUCAUUUCA